AUGUUGUAUACGGAUCUGGCUUCCGUUCAGGUUCAUGGCUUCUGUGAUGCUUCUAACAAGGCGUAUGGAGCAUGCCUCUACCUCCGCAGUACUACCUUCGGUGGUUCCGUAGAAGUGCGCCUCAUCACAGCCAAGUCCAAGGUUGCACCACUCGAAGAUCUGAAGCGGAAGAAAAGGGUUCAGAUCACUCCCCGGCUGGAACUCUCCGGAGCAUUGCUGCUCAGUCACCUAUACGAAAAGUUCGUCGCCAGCACAGCAAUUCAGCACACCGCCUUCUUUUGGACCGAUUUGACGAUCGUGAUGUACUGGCUCUCGUCGCUGCCGUUACGGUGGCAGAUGUUUGUUUCGAAUCGUGUGUCGGAAAUCCAACACGCCACAAAAGGAUGCCCGUGGAAACACGUAGCCGGUGAAGAAAACCCCGCCGACAUCAUCUCUCGGGGAAUGACACCGGCUCAGCUGCAAUACGAAAGGCUGUGCUUCGAGAGACCGCUGUGGCUUCGUCAGGACGCGAGCAUCUGGCCGUCGAAGGCUCCAGAAGAGGAAAUCGAUCCUGCCAUACUGGAAGAGAAGAAGGCCGUUGCGCUCCCAGCGACGGCUGAGUCCGUUAGCGAAAUAUUCAGUCUCCGUUCAUCGCUGUUCAGUUUAGUCAGGUUGGUCGCUGGCAUCCGCCGGUUCGUGCACAACACACAGCACAGACAGGACAGACGCACAGGAUUUCUGACGUUCCCCGAACAAGAGCAGGCCUUGACAUUCCUGGUUCAGCUGGCGCAACAAGAAGCCUUUCCAGCUGAGAUUGCAGCGUUGAACAAGAACAAUCCAGUCAGUCCAUCGUCUUCGAUAAGCAGGUUGAAUCCAGUUCUCGUCAAUGGAAUCCUCUGUGUGGGAGGCCGACUAGCCAAGGCGCCAGUGUCAGCGAGUCGGAAACAUCCGAUGAUUUUGAGCCACCAUCAUCCACUGGCAAGGUUGGUCCUGCACUACUACCAUUGCAAGCACUUCCAUUCCGGAUUACAGCUUCUCGUGUCCACCGUUCGUGAGCGUUUCUGGAUCACGCGCAUCAGGAGUCUUGCUAAUUCUGUGUUGCACGAAUGCGUUCGUUGCUUCCGAACCAGACCGAAGGUGCUAGACCAGCUAAUGGCCGAUCUUCCGUCGGAACGAGUCUCUCCGGCACCUCCAUUCCUUAGAGUAGGCGUGGAUUAUUGCGGACCGUUCCUGAUCAAAUACCCUGUUCACCGCGCGACUCCCACGAAACAUUACGUCGCCAUUUUCAUCUGCUUCGUUACGAAGGCAGUCCAUCUCGAGUUGGCUAGCGAUCUUACCAGCGAAGCCUUCCUUGCCGCCUUCAACAGGUUCGUGGCUCGCAGAGGAAAACCGAUCCUGGUCAUGUGCGACAACGCCACAAACUUCGUGGGAGCCAAGCGCCAACUGGAUGAAUUACGGCAGCUGUUCAUCGACCAAACGUUCCAGGAGUCCGUCGUCCAUGGAGAGAUCGAGGACGGCAUAGAAUUCCGCUUCAUUCCAGCAAGAUCUCCCAACUUCGUUGGUCUUUGGGAGGCCGCCGUGAAAUCCUUCAAGGGUCAUUUCAAGCGUACCAUCGGCGACCGUGUGCUGCAGUACGACGAGAUGAUCACCGUGUUACCACAAGUUGAAGCGAUCCUCAACUCCCGGCCCCUCACGCCGGUCAGUAACGAUCCGUCGGACUUCGAAGCGUUGACGCCAGGUCACUUCUUGGUUCAGCGACCGUUGACAGCAGUUCCAGAGCCAUCUCUAGAAGAUCUGCAGCGGAAUCGACUGUCCAUGUGGCAGCAAGCGCAAGACUACGUUCAGCAAAUCUGGACCAAGUGGUCCACUCAGUAUCUGUCCGAUCUCCAUAACCGGACCAAAUGGACCCGGAAACAGGACAACAUCUCUGUUGGGACUCUAGUCCUACUCAAGGAAGACAAGCUUCCGCCACUUAGGUGGAAAUUGGGCCGCGUCAUUCGGAUCCACCCCGGAUCAGAUGGCAACAUACGCGUUGUUACUGUGAAGGCCCAGGACGGCGAGUAUCAGAGGGCCAUUUCGAAAAUUUGCGUCCCUCCGAUCCGCGACAACCUGGAGUCUGAGCAGAUCUAA